GCACCAUCUUGCUCAGGACCUUUGUCCCUGCAUUCAGCAUCAUCUUUGUCCGGGCAUAAAAAGCUCCUUUGCGCCCUCGCCUGGCAAAACCAGUCUUUUCCUGUAUUGACAAAACAAACAGUAUCAAACUCCCAUCACUAUAAUCUACGAACUCCUCCAGAUACGCGCGUUGAUUGAGUCUGCCUCGCGCUCUGCGCAGAGCUAGGCUACAGGCUGUGACCUGUUGUCGUCAGAGCAUUUCCGGGAUUUCUUUCGCGAUUGCGCGACCUCUUCAUCAACAUGAGCGCGCCGCCUCCCCCAGGCAAUCCGCCCGCCAACGCGCCUGGUUAUCCAAAUGGUGCCCCGAAGAAACAGAAGCCAAACCCCCUUCGGCCAUUGCGUAAAAAUCCCAAGGCAAACCCCCUUGUUUCUCGAAGACCACCACCCAGGCCGACAACGCCAUCUGCUUCGGGUAGGCCAAAUGGGACAAAGCCAAACAUUGAAGAGAUUCGACGUCAAAAUGGUGGCUGGUCAGAGCCACCGCCAGCUAAGUACAACGACAUCCCCAUUAUGACAACGAAGAAGGAUCUUCUCGACGGCAUUCGAUACCACAUGAUGAAGUUCACUCAAUCUAAAGCAGGAGGAAAAUCCAUUGAUCCAACCGACCAGGACGACUUCGCACGACCUGUAACAUUGCACCGACGAGAUGCUCGCCAACCCCCUCCGGGAAGGGCCGUCAAGACCGAAGCACCUGAAGCGCCUCAGGCUGACGAGGAAGAGGUGGAAAGACAGGCGCAGAGGAAAGCUGAACGGGAGGCUCAGCGCGCCAUAGACCAGGCCAAGAUUGCGCCUGUGGCCAAAGACCCUAAUCCCAAGCGACCGAAGAAGCAAAAAGAGGAGAAAACAACGUUCAACCGGGCGCCCAAGACUGAAACUGCUAAGAAGGCGUCCGACCUGCGAUACGAGGAAGCUCUUCCAUGGCAUCUCGAAGAUGCAGAGGGUAAAAAUGUUUGGGUUGGCAACUUCGUGGACACACUCUCUGGAUCUAACGUGGCCUUCAUGAUUGACCAGUCUGUCUUCCGCAUGAUCCCCCUGGAGAAGUGGUACAAAUUUACGUCUAAGCCUCCUUUCCAGACUUACGACAUUGAUGAGGUGGAGGCCUUCAUGAGUAAGAAGGUGGAUGUGGGCCGUUGGGUCAUGAGAGACGAAGAGAAGAAAGCUGGGCGAAAAGACUUGGAAGCCACAAGAAAAAUGUUCUACGGAAGCGGCCCGAUGGUCAAGACUGAAAGUGCCACGUUCAAGGCCGCUUCGAGGUCAGAGAAACUGGAGCAUGAUGAGAUUGAUAUGUCGGGCGAUGAAUUUCAAGAUGAUGAUGAGGCUCCCAUGUUCGAAAGGAAUGACGAUGAAGACACAAAGGACUCCAAGGACCGUAUUCGUCGGGAACAACUCGGUGCCAACUUAUUCGGAGAAGGCGACGAGCAAGAAGUAGACAAAGAACUGGAUGAACAACUCCGAGAAGAGAUUCUACGACAGAAGCUCGGCAAAGCCACCAAGAAGGCAUUGAUCAAGAGAGAUCGAGAGGAUAUCUACGAAAGCGACGAUUCCGAAGAGAAUCCAUGGAGCAGCUCGUCUGAUGACAACUCAUCCGACGAGGAGGAAGAGGAAGACAAGAAAGAUGACGAGAAGAAGGAAGUCAAUAAGGACGACAAGAACCAGAGCGGUUCCGGAUCGAAGGGUACCAAUACUCCCUCCGGGAAGAAGCCUGAAGGCUCUAAGAAGAGCAAGUCGCUCAAGCGAGCCGGCUCCCCAGCACUCUCCGAGUCGAGUGGAAACGAAUCUUCCCGCAAAAAGCUCAAGAAAAAUGUCACAUCUGCCACGGGAAGCAGGUCUGGGACUCCUCUUUUACAAGGCGGAGCCGCCCGUCGACCUACGGCUCCUGGAUCUGGUAGUGAUGGAGAGGCAACCGCUGGCGAGAUGUCAGAUGGAGCUGCACCCAAGAGGAAGAAGUUGAAGUUGGUUAGUAGCAGUGCUCGGGGCACUCCUUCGGCAUCCAGAGCUGGCAGUCCCAACCCAACCCAGGGUGCUGCUUCUCCUGGCUCACCCGGAGCUUCAGCUGUCGAACCAUCCGAAAUUCUCGACAAGAUUCCCGCCGAAGGCAUCACCGUUAACGAGUUGAUCAAGCUCUUCAACCACCGUCUGGGUGACAGACCAGGCCAGAUGUCUAAGACUGAGUGGAUUCAGCUUGUCAAGAAGCUUUGUGACUAUGGACCUGACAAGCGACUUCGCCGAAGAUCGUAAAAGAAUAGAUACCCGAUCAGGGCGGCAAUAUCGUGUCUUUUUUCUCCUCUGGAGUUUAUUUGCCUUGCGACUUCUUUGUUAGCGCACCCCGAACCAGACGUAAUAUCGGAAGCCAACAACAGUAUACAUCUUGACAUUCAGAUUAUUACUUAUGGAGGAUAAGGUCAAUUAGUUUAGCGCUUAAAAUGGGUAUAUAAUAGAAUAUCUGCAUCAAACUCUAC